AUGUCUCUCGAUAGGGAGGAACCAAACCACUUCGGCGCUGGCCCAGCCCAAUUGCCUACUCCGGUGCUGCAACAAGCAGCCAAGGACCUCGUCAACUAUAAGGGCAUUGGACUCGGCAUCGGCGAAAUCUCGCACCGCUCCGGUGACGCUACCGAGGUCAUCGAGAGCACCAAGGCCAACCUCCGCAAGCUGCUGAACGUCCCCGAGACACACGAGGUCUUUUUCAUGCAGGGCGGUGGAACCACCGGGUUUUCUUCGCUCGCAACCAACCUCGUUGCGGCGCACGUCGGCAAGACCGGCUCUGCGGGCACCGCUGGCUACCUGGUAACGGGCUCGUGGUCCGCCAAGGCGCUCGAGGAGGCGCAGAGGCUGGGCAUCGAGAGCGAGAUGCUCUUCAACGCCAAGGACUAUAACAAUGGCAAGUUCGGCGCCAUUCCUCCAGAGUCCGCGUGGGCUGAGAAGCUUAAGGCCAAGGACUACUCCUACGUCUACCUGUGCGAGAACGAAACUGUGCACGGUGUCGAGUGGCCACAGCUGCCCAAGGCGCUGGUCGACUCUGGCAUCGAAAUCGUCGCUGACUUGUCCAGUGACAUUUUGUCCCGCGCCAUAGACGUGUCGCAGUACGGUGUGAUCAUGGCGGGCGCCCAGAAGAACAUUGGUCUCGCUGGUCUGACGCUAUACAUCAUCAAGAAGUCCAUUUUGCAGGACAUCUCCGCUGCCUCCUUGGACCAGCUACGCCAGCUCGGCGUCCCAAUCACGCCCAUCGCGUUCGAAUACCCAACUGUUGUGAAAAACAACUCGGCCUAUAACACCAUUCCUAUCUUCACCCUGCACAUUGUGGACCUCGUCUUGCGCCACGUCUUGGAGAAGGGCGGGCUCGCCGCCCAGGAGGAGGAGAACGACGCCAAGUCACAACUGUUGUACAACGUCCUGGAUAAGCACUCAGACUUCUACAAAAUUCCGGUUUCCAAGGACUGCAGAUCCCGCAUGAACGUUGUCUUCACGUUGAAAAAAGAGGGGUUCGACAAGAAGUUCUUGGACGAGGCUGCGAAGCGCAACUUGACCGGGCUCAAGGGCCACAGAUCGGUGGGCGGCUUUAGAGCUUCCUUGUACAACGCUGUGUCCUUGGACAGCACCAAGAAGCUGGUGCAGUUUGUUGACGAAUUCGCAACUCAAAACGCAUAG